AGUUCCAACAUGGCAGAUUCGGUGCGUGAGCAAAAGUUAGCCGCUGCCAGAAAAAAGCUCCGACAGUUUCAGAAGAAGAAAGGCACAAAACGAGCAGUUGAGUACAGCAGCAAGGAAACCACACCUGAUAUAGAAGGAAGCAUUGCUGAAGGGUCAAACCCGCAGUCGGAGUCGGGUACAUUAUCCUCUAGAGCGUCAUCAGUUGACCUUGUUUCAGAGGAGUUCACAGACCAACCUGCAGCCAUUGAUCAUGGAGAAACACACAGUGAUGUGCUCCCUUCCUCACAGGGAGUUUUAAGUGGCAUAGAAACAGUGAGUACCCAGAGUGCUAGACCAGAGAAACAUGGAGAGCAAAGAGGAGUACAUUUAAACUAUGCUGACUCAGUUCACUCCCUUUUACCCCAAACAGAGGGAAGUGAAAAGAUAACAUCAUCUACUUAUAAUUACACAAAUGAGAACCCUGCAUUGACAUCAGAAGGGCAUGACUAUUCCCAGACUGUGUCUGUUAAUGGCACUGGUGAUAACACAGGUCUGAACACUGAGGUUCCCAGUUAUGUGCCACAACAAACAGCCAAUGAAACAGAAAGCUUUAAUCAGCAAAAUAAGCUUGCUUCAUAUUUCCAGUCAACACCAGAUUAUAAUAGCACUCCUAGGCCAGACCCCUUUUCAUUAUCACUGAGUACCACAGAAGUUAUAUCUCCAGAUGAGAGUGAUGUAGGUACCAAAUCUUAUGUUGAAUCUGAAAACCUAGGACCACAACUCUCCAGGGAACAAGAGCCAACAUCAGCAUUCCAGACAGUCAUUCCUUCAUCACAACCUCACACAGUUGAUGAUCACAAAGAACCAACAGUCAUAGGUACUGAACAGGUAUACCAAGGAGAGCAAAUUUCACCAGAAAGCUUUGAGAGAGAAGGAUCUGUAAGUUCAGAAACAACAGCAAGUGUAACAACAGCCAUACAUGUGACGAAGGGUGAGAGUCAAGAUGAACCAGUGCUCAAGUCUUCAUCAGAAAGUCUUCGACAGAUUUCCCUCCAGCUGAGUGGGCUGAUGAGUGAGAGUGAAGGAGCAGCAUCGGACACAUCAAACAACACUGUGUUGGAGUUGGAGCGUCGUAACAGUGAAUUAGCAGCCUUGUUGCAGCAGGAAUCUCAGACAUCACAACAACAGUCUCAGUAUAUAGGAGAGAUGAAAGCACAUGUAGAGAGGCUUGAAGCGGAGUUGAAUGCCGCGAGAGGAAUUCUAAACUCCUCGGUUACUGGAGGAGCUCGUGAGGUGGAGAGUUUGAGGGAGCAGUUGCAGGUUCACAUACAGACCAUCGGGAUUCUGGUGUCAGAGAAGUCAGAGCUGCAGACCUCUCUCACACACGCAAAUCAUGCACUUAAACUGAAAGCAGGUGAAGUAACCGAGCUUGAUGGACGAUUGAGUGCAUCCAGACAGCGAGUUGGAGAACUGGAAGCAAGCGUAAAGGACUUGAAUGUGCAGAGGGAUGCGCUGAAGUCCUCACAAGAUGGCCUCUCAAAAGAUCUUGAUGCAUCAAAGAUGACAAACUUCAAGUCCAAUUGAGAGAUGGCACAAGCGAUGACCUUCAAACCCAGCUUGAAAAUGUUCAAGCAGCACACAUGGAGAGCCAAAGGCAGUUGCAGGAGUGUCAGGCAGAACUAGGGAAGGCUCAUACAGAACAUUCGCAUGUAGCAGCUCAGUACCAGCAGUACACCACUCAGCUGGCAUCACAAAUGGAGGCUUUGCAAAAGCAGGUGCAUCAGUUAAGUACAGAAAAGGAAGCAGCUGUUAUAGCACUAGAAGAAACACAGGCGAAGUUAAAGGGAGCACAAGAACCUGACCCAUCCCCAAGAUAUAGUGAAGAGGAGGUCAAGGCAGAGAAAGAGAGAUAUGAGCAGAUAGUAGCUACUUUGGAAGAGGAGAAGAACCAGAUGCAGCACCAAAUCACUGCCAUGACAAAUGAUAACAGUCAACUCUCCAAAUUAGUAGACCAGCUGUCUAAUAAAGUUGAGGAAAUGGAGUUGAAGGUAGAGCGGACCAAAACGGAAGAAGUGAAUACAUCUCAGCUGUUGGCUGCCAUGCAGAGUGACAAAGUUGCAGCUGCUCGGGCCCUGACACAGAAUAAGCAGCUGAAGGAACAGUUAGAAGAACUGCAAAGUGGUUUCAUCAUCAUGAGUAACAAAAAACUUGAGUUGACGGAGAAAUUAGAAAAGGAGUUGCAUGUAAAGAAGUCCCUCAAUCAGGAGAUAGCAUCACUGAAUGAGCAGAUAGCCAAUAUGAGACAACAAACUGUAGAGAAAGACCGUGAAAUUGUCCAGCUGAAAGAAAACAGUGAGUCCCUAGGAAACCAGUUGAUGUUGACACGCGAACAGAUGAACAAAUCUGGAACUGGACAAGCGGCCGAAGAUAUUAAAGACCUGAAUGAGGAGAUAAUGAGACUGAGAAAUCAGUUGGCAGCUCAGGAAGAAAAACAGAGGAUUUCACAGAGCCGUAUUGAAGAACUUGAGAAGGAGAAUUCAGAUCUUUGUGCUCUCCUAAAGGAAACCAAAACCAAAGAUACUUCAGAAAUUCAGAAGGAAGUACAUCUCACAAACGGAAAUGUUUCAGAAGAAAAUAACUCUGAGGAUGAUGAGACUGGUAGCAGUUUACUAGGGAAAGUAGCAUCACUCACAGAAAAAAUAAGGCAGCUUGAGACUGAGAGUGGGAAUCUGCGGUCUCAACUUGAAACAGAGAAAUCAAAGUAUAAUCAGCUACUUAAAGCCUCUGAGGAAAAACAAAUGGCUUCAGAAAGUAAUGGAAAAUCUCUGGGAACGGAAACCACAGUGGACCCAGUAGAAUUCCAGACAUUGAAAAAAGCACAUGAAGCCCUGGAGACAAGAUUUGGACGCAGCAUGGACCAAGUGGCUGAGCUGAGUGACGAAAAACAGAAGCUGGAGCACAUCAUACAGCAGCUGCAGAUUGAGACUGAGGCCAUAGGUGACUAUAUCACAAUCUACCAAUUCCAAAGGGGGGUGAUGAAGCAACAGGCACGAGAGAGAGAAUUGGAGCUAUCUAGCCUCAGGCACGAGAGAGAGGAGAUGAAAAUCAAAUUGUCAACACUUCAGGAGCUAAUGUCAACACUAGUACAAGAAAAGGGUCCAAACCAUCCUAAUGUGGUAAAGAUGGAGAAGGUGAUCAACGAAUCACAGUCUGAUGCCAAAAACAUAGAAAAGAAUGAGGAAAAUGUCAAUGGUGACAUAAAGACCAAAGGUAUUGAAGCAGCAGAAGAGGCCACAGAAGUCGAGAAGCAAAAUGAGACCUGCAAGGAAACUAGCACAACCAAUAGUGGCUUGGAAAAGACCCCAAGCCCUAACAAGAGUAUGAAAGACCAGAAUCUCUCAGCAGAGAAAAAGAGCCCAACAGUGCAGAGAAUUCUGGACCUCCUCAACGAGAUGGAAGCCACAAGCCAAGUUGAGCACUGUGGCUUGCAGAAGUUCCACCCAUGUCCUUUGUGCUCUGGUAAAUUGAUUACAGUGUAAGGUUGGGAAAUUGAUCAUUGCCUGUGAUGGGAAAAUUCAGUCCAACAUAAUGAAAUUAUCAAGGGUCCAAGAAUGGGAUUUUGAAUGAGGUCUCUGAUUGAAACUUGAUCAAGGAAGUUCAUCAUUCAGUGGUAUUUGUCCUGUGAAGGUGGCAGUUAAAUUGUUGCAUACACUCCGAUACUUGCUUUCAUGUGGAAUUACUGACAUGAAAGCAACUACUGUAAAAAAAAAUAAUAAUAAUAAGGAAUCAGGAAGUUUGAAAGAUGUCUCAAGGCUAUUUGAAAAUAGUGAAGUACAGUAAGGAGUACAUGGUAAUUAUGGUACUUAACUCCAAAGAUUUCUUGAGUGUGCAGAUUUAUUAAAGUACAUUUGUAUGAAUUGUUAUUACCUGUAUCAGCAUAAUUCAAAGCAAAAUAUCUUGUAAUUGCAGAUUAUAUUUAGCUUCUUCUUCAGUGAUAUAUUAAAGAAUGCAGGAAUACACAUAUUGUGUGGUGGGACAUAUAAAGGCAUCUCAAAUGAGGAUAGUGAUUUCCCUACUAAUGAAUAUAAACAAGGCUGUGGAAAAUAUUAAAGAAGGAAGAUCCAAAAGGAUAGGAGGCUGUUAAGUAGUGAGCAGUUAACAAGUUCAAUAGUAAAAGCACUGUCACUGUUUGUGGUGGUUUCACAAAUAUUCAGCUGUUCUCCAUGUUUUGAGAAAGGGGAGCACUGCAAUUGCAUAGGAUAAUUAAUAGGUAAAUGUAAAACUCAUAGACUGUGAUAGUCUUGAUCCUCUAGAGAAAAUUGUUUUCAUGCCAGGUUUAUAGACAUUCAUUGUCUUGCUCAAUAGCUCCAUUAAAAAUGUUUUUUAUUAUUAUUAUUAUUAUUAUUAUUAUUAUUAUUAUUAUUUAUUAAUUUUAUCUACUGCUAAUAUUUGAAAGGGAUUUUUUUACAUAUAUUACUAAAUCUUCCUCACAACAAUAUUGUAAUAAUAUACUUACUGUUAACAUAAACUAGAUUGUAGACCAUUUAUAAACUUUUCUUACAGAUUAUAAUAACAUUAAUAAAGAUAGAAAUUAUAUUCCCCUAAUAAAAAACUAGAGACAAAAGCUUGGUUUCCAUUUUUUGAUUGUGGAUAUUGUGGUAGAAAGUAGACUUGUAUAACAAACACAUUUUGUUAAAGCUUAUGAGACAGUGAGCCUGUAUUGUUAACAAGUGUUAUUGCUCUGAAGUCCCUUUCCUCACAAUUCAAUUUUUUACAGCUGUGUGUAUCAGUGACUGAGAGUAUGAUUUCUAAGUGUUUUAUUCCUGUGCCCUUUUGUAAUUCAACAUCUGGUAUGAUGUGUGUUGUAUUGUCUACUGAAGAUAUCUGUUGUUGUAAUGUUGUUACUUGUUACCAUUGUAUUGUAUACAAUGUGCAGGCAAGCACCAGACAUCAUAUAUAUAUAUAAUUUUUUUUAUGUUAUUGCCACAUGUCAACUUGUAGAUGGCAGAUAGAAUGCAGUUUUGUAAGAAAGAUUUAAGUGUUUGUAUUAAAUAUUUUGGUGCCUUGGAAAAGCAUAGCAUCCCCCUUCAGUAUGCUCGAGUCCUUUUUCUGGUUAUACCUUGUCACUGCCAUUAUAGUCCUCUUAUGUUGGUUAUUUACUCCGUUCCCCUCCAGAAAGAGUAAGCUAUGUUUUGUAGAUUUUUUUACAGGAGGAAUUUGACUACAGCAGAAGAGCAUUGUAUGACAAGGGUUCAAAGAGAUGAUUUGCAACACAGGGAAAGGUGCCCUUUUUGGUAGCAGUUGUAAUGAAAGCACACUCAAGAUUCUUAAUUUGUUUUUUGUUGUUGUUUUUUCUGUAGUUUGUCUUGUUACUGUUCAUCAUCUUGUGUGUACUGCUUAUUUUAUUUGGAUUUUUUAUGUAUUUUUCAUAGGAGAAAUAUUUGUUAGAGUAUAUACUUAGAAAAAAGGGAAGCAUAUUUAUUGGUACUGACAUAAUUCGGCAUCAAAAUCUACCAUUUCAUUCCUUAGUAACAGCUUAUAUCAUGAUGUUGUAUGCCCUACCCUAUCCUUUAUAAUGGAACUACUUCUAUACUAUUAUAAGAACUGCUGAUUUAAUUCAUCACCAUUGUCAUUGUAAUCAUUCUAAUGCAGAAGUAUCUUCUCUUUUUCAUUUUUCUCUUAGUAUUUUUUUCCUCAUUACAUUUGAUGCUAUUUAUAUUUCGUAUUUAUUUGUGUAGCAUUUAUUUGAUAUCACCUGGUAACUGUAGGAUGAAAAAACAUCAAGUAUCCUUGCUGAUUUCACAGGUCUCCUCUGGCAUUGGGUGCAUUUCUUUUUUUGUACUGUUGAGGCUUGCCCACUUCAUUUUAGAUUUUACUGUUACCGAUCAGAACAUGUUUAGAAGGAACACUAUGCAGUAAAUUUCUGUUAAUAUUAUUAUUAUUAUUUACAAUGAAUUAUAGAUAUUGCAUUUCUUAAAGAAUAUGACAUCAGUUUUCAAGAAGGUGCUCGUGAUGUUUCUGUCAUUUGAUGACGGGCUAUAAAUUCUUUAUAUUUAUUCAUAGAAUGUAAUAUUUUUAAUAAAGACUUAUGAACAUGC